CGUCAGAGUAGCGUGAAGAAAAUACGACCUGUUGUUUUUCUCAUCGAAAGAAGAAGAAAAAACAGAAGAAAAAACGAUGAGUCACGUCGACGUGAAAAAUCUGAAACCGACAACUUUCGAAGAAGAAAACUACGAUGAAUAUGAAUAUUACAACCUGACGGAUAAAUACACAGAAGGUUCGGCUCGUAAAGGCAGAACAAAGAAGGAGGCGAGCGACAACACCAACAGACCCAAUCCCGGCGGACAUGAGCGGAAGAUCGUGGAGAAACUGCACAACAGCGAGAAGAAAGCCAAAGAGUGAAGGACACUGAGGACAAUUUGGACGGCUUUUCUCGGACAUCGACGUUGACCGUGGUCUCCUUGG